CUUCCUGGAUUAUGUCUAGGUUGAAGAUAACAUUAUAGAUAUAAUAUAUAUAUAUAGAUAUAAUAUAUAUAUAUAUAUAUAUUUUAGACCUAGUAUUCUGUCUACUACAACAGGUAUACGGAGAGACAACAAAAUAUGCAGAGGAUAUAUUAAGCAACAUGGAUUUGGUAAAACGCACCAAAUCAAAGGUGGGCCGCCUACAAAAUCUGAAAGGCCAGCAGCUCUACAGACAACUCCUCAACAAUGCCACCUGCGGUCUCACCUUCUCCAAAGAUGUUAUAUGGGAGAUGGGGUCAGACAGUAUACCUUACAGUCAAGCUGACUUCCACUGGCUUUUCAAUGCCUCUGGACCUCUGGCACCAAGUCCCAAGCUGAAGAGCACAGGGAUAAAAUCGUUGAAAUGUAUCCCCCUUCAUCCUUCACCUCAGGAUCCUGCCAAGAACAGAGGCUUCAGAGACCCUCCCUCUAUGCUCCCUGAAUUACAAAUAUCCCAACUUGCUCCAUUAACUGCCAAAGACUCCUUUACACUGCCUAGUCACCAGGGGGGGCUCUUAGAUUCCUUUAAAAGGACAGGACUACGAGGAGUUUCUAAUGUUUACAACUGUCUAGAGGAAGCAUCUACAGGAGGCAGGGAGGACCGUUUAAAGAGCUGCCACUGGGAUGAGUUUGUGCUAAAGAAGCUGUCCAAGACCACAGCCCAGUGGAUAGUGAGUCAACAGAUUCCAAACCAGUGCCAGAAUAAGACUCGGCUGCAGUCACUGCUGAGGAGUCAGUAUGGUUCGGCCAGCGCCACAGAUCUAGUCAAUGAGGAGCCCAUGUGUGAGGAGGAUUUCUGCAGCUACCAAGAUCUCCACAAGCAGACUGAGAAGCAGCGGGCUCUUCAGAGCAGCAAGGCUGAGACACCUCUUCCUGUAUACUACAGGGUGCAGGGCUACUCUCUUCCCCCUGCAUGUUCUGAUGAGCCUGGGGGUAUGAACCAGACUGCCAACACUGUAGCAGUCAAGCACAUUGAAACACCUCAACCUCCUCGUCUUCAGGAUAGCCUCAACCCCCGUGCUGGAAGCCAUGUCUUGCACACAGAGAACAACUUUGAACAGGAAAUAUUUUCUGGAAUAGCCAAACAGGUACAUCAGCGUGAUCCACGGAACCACGAUCGCAUCAUCAUGGACAACAAUUCAGAGUACCAAAAGAACCUUCAAGACUUUUUCCCCUGUGGUCCAGAUAAGUGGACGAAGGCUUCAGCAGCAACCAUGCACAAUGAGACACAAGGAAUGCGACGGGUGGAGAAAGGUGCUCGGCGGUGGGUGGACCUGCCUACCACUGCUGACUAUGCCACAGAGGUGGGUCUGAGACCUCCUGACUACAGCGGGAAAGACACAGAGGUGCCCAGACAGCAACCCCUCUACAACCCUAUGCCUGAGCUCUCCUCCUUACGCUACGCAGUGGAGGGAUGGAGGAGCGCCUGGAAGAUCAGGUGGUCUCCUUGUCAUUAA